CAUAACAUAAAGAGUGUAUGAAAACUGAACAGCCAAAUUGUGGCUGAGCUUAAGAUAUUAUCCAAUCCUCUCUCUCUCUCUCCCAAUCUCCCUCCCCGUCCCGCCAAGCUUUAACAACCUUAGAAUCCCGUUAACUGCCACUUCUGAAAACUCGCAAUUUUAAUGGAGUCGGUCCUCCUCCAAUGCCUCACCCAUCCACUCAGACCUCCCCUCUUUCCCCACUCACUCACUUCCACUGCCAUCACAGGGAAAAGACCCUUGAAGCAGAAUGCAUCAUUCAAGCCUUCUCAGUGCGCACUAUCAUCUGCAUCAGAGGCUACUGAGGGAAAACUGUCAUUAGAGCAAGAAGGAAGGAGGGUGUUCAUGGGCUAUCUUCUUGCAUCCGCCACUGGCUUUCUUGUCUCUGAUGUAGCUGGAGCUGUUAGCACAAGCAGAAGAGCCCUUAAAGGAGCAAAAGUACCAGAGAGUGAAUUUACAACCCUGCCUAAUGGUUUAAAAUAUUAUGAUUUAAAGAUUGGCGGUGGAGCUGAGGCUGUGAAGGGAUCUCGGGUUGCAGUCCACUAUGUUGCUAAAUGGAAGGGUGUGACAUUUAUGACCAGCAGACAAGGGCUUGGUGUUGGUGGUGGAACACCUUAUGGAUUUGAUGUUGGUCAAUCGGAGAGAGGAAUCGUGCUUAAAGGAUUAGACUUGGGUGUUCAAGGCAUGCGAGUAGGAGGCCAGCGGUUGCUGAUAGUUCCUCCUGAGCUAGCUUAUGGAAGCAAAGGCAUUCAGGAAAUUCCUCCAAAUGCAACCAUUGAGUUGGAUGUUGAACUACUGUCUAUCAAACAAAGCCCAUUUGGAUCUCCAGUUAAAGUCAUUGAAGGAUAAUUAGAUUCCUGAUGCCUGUGAUGCAAUUUCAUAAAAAAUAGGAAUCUGCAACAUCAUGGACGAAACUGAUAAGAUACUGUAUUUUCUUCUUAUUAUUGUCCCCAAGCUGCCUCUUUUUUCUAUCCGCUGGAAAAGUCCUUCCUAGUUACAUUUUUAUUAAAUGCUCCAUUUAUUGUAACUAUUACAUGUUGUUUAGAUCCUUCAAAAUCUUCUUUGUCAUGAGAUCAUAUUUCUGAAAUCUGUGGGAACAGCACUCUGUGUUAUCUAUUGCUGCUGUAGUUUGAAUUAGAAGUGAAACCAUGAAGAGUUAUAAAAGAAUCAAAUUGAACAUGAUACUUAGGAAAACCGCUGUCAAUUACGUGGAGGUUAGUUGAAGAAAAUUGUAUAAGGAUAUUGAGUUGAACUGCUAUACUGUCUCACCAUGCUUAACACUUUGGUUUUGCACUGGGUAAGUCAGAUAUCCGAGCAGUCCCCCCAACACCCCCCCCCCCCUCCCAAACAAAAAGAAAAAAAAGCAAUCCAAACAUGCAGGGGUCUCCCUACAUGAUUAUCACUUUCUUUACAGCAUUAUCCACUGUGCAGGAGCAGAUCACUAUACGAGUAAGCAGUUUUCUUCCACUUCACUCUCAUUAGCGGUAAUUGAAUUUUAUAUUACACAGAAUUUUCUAUCUUGCAUAAGUUGCAUUGUUAAUAUAUGGUGAUUGAUUGUACUUGCACAUUAAGUGUAUUUAUUAGAUGCGUAAAUGCUUCACCUUUGACUUCAUAAUUUCUGUCAGGAAGUUUCUUUUCCAAAUCUCAUUUGUUGUAAGAAUUAAUUCUCAUAUUCCUUCUUUGUUAAAUUGUUCCGUUUGCUUACCUUUUCAUCAAAGCAUGGGGCCAAUGGGUAAUUUAACUGGUAAACAUUCAGUUGUAAGGAAAGCAUAUUUUUAAUACUAGUCUCUAAGUCCUGGGCAAAAUAGUCUAAGAAUCCAGUAACAUAUGAUUGCAAUAUUCUCAUUAUUGUUACCAAGGAUUCGUCCACCAACUUUUUCAUUUUCAUUUCACAUAUUAUUGUUUUUGCUUAGCCUUUAUCUAACCCCCGCUUUCUUGUUUGUAUGGCUGUGUUUUCGACCUCUUCCCAUUCUCCUACAACAUGACCAUGAGUAUUUCCCAGUGGAAACUAUCUAGUUUGUGCGUGUAUCUGCUAUUUCUCCACUUCUUUCAUUAUUCUUCACCCCAGAAAACUUGCCCAAGCUGUGGCUCUCUAGAAAUUCCACAUCCAUUAAGCAUCAAUUCUUCCUGUGGUGAUUCAGAUUAUCAUGUACGUUGUGACCCAAACUCUCAGAAACUCUAUUUUGAUUCCUUCAACGGGAGCUCUUACCUUAUCCUCAGAGUUAUGCCUUCCUUGCAACGCAUGGUUUUGCAACCAUCACACUGGGUGCCUGGCACUUGCAUCACUCGAAGACUUGCCAAGAAGUGAGGGACUCUGGUUGAACCAGACACUCCCUUUUAACCUAACUUCUUCUAAUACUAUUGUUCACCUCGUCUCAUGGUCUCUCCUCUCAAUUGUACUCCCAUCUAGUCUUUGCCACAGGUGCCUGGAGAGAGCUCUGGACAUGUUGAUGAAGAACGUGCUCCAAAGUGCGCAAGUGAUCCUAAACCAUGUUGCACCUUUAUUGCUGGUGGCAUGCUGCCAUCAGCAUUCAAGAUAAGGCUGCACAACAUAUCUUAGUAUAUUUUGAAAGGAAUGCAAUAAAGUGCGAAUAUCUGUGAUCUCUGAAUAUCCAGAUAAUCUGUGGAUACGAAGAGAAUAAAGAGGUAUAUGUAUAGCAAGAAGACCCUUUCAGUUUUGAUGAUUCAAGGAGACUGUAAAGGGAUUCUGCAUAUGGAUACUAGUGAGAUGGAAAGACGUGAAAAAGACAUGCUUGGGAUCAGAUGCUCACUUUGAGUGGAAAGUAUGUGUGAAAGGUUCAACAGGUUAAGUCUGUUGGCAUUGCAUUUCGCAUUCAUGCUUAUAAAAGGAUAUCAGCUGCAGGUUAUAAUUAGGCAUUCAUUGGACAAAGUUUCCUUGUACUUGGCAUAAUACUACAACUGUUAGUACUGGUUGGCAUGAAGUGU